CGAUUUAUUUGUUUAAAACGUAAAAUAUUUUUAAUGUUGGCAUAAUAAUAACUUAUGUAAUAACUUAAGACAGAAGGUCCUUUAAGUUGAGACUAAAUAGAAGUUUAGCCGAGAAAUCUCCGAUUACACCUACAAGGAAGUGAUGACCCAAAACUUAUUCUUCACUUACGGCGACAGAUGGAAAGUGCUUCGGCAAAACUUAACACCUCUCUUUUCGUCAUCCAAAAUGAAGAACAUGUUUUAUUUAGUGGACAAAUGUGCUCACGUUUUUGAAGAUAUGCUAAGUAACGAAUUAAAAACGGAUAAUGUUCAGGAAGUGAGACCCCUAAUGGCUAGAUUUACUAUGGAUGUCAUAGGGUCAUGUGCAUUUGGCAUCGAUACAAAUACUAUGGCACGAAAUUCAGAAACAAAUCCUUUCACAAAAAUUGGUUGUUUGAUAUUCUCAGAAACAUUUUAUAGAGGCUUCAAGAUUGCAGCAAGAGCAAUUUGGCCCGCGCUAUUUUACGGUCUUAAAAUGAAAAGUUUCCCUACCGAAGCUGAUGAAUUCUUCAACAAACUGAUGAUGGGUGUGUUCGCAGGACGAAAAUAUAAACCAACGAACAGAAACGAUUUCGUCGAUCUUAUUCUGAAUUGGAAGGAGAAGAACUACAUAACUGGUGAUAGUUUGCAGAAUAUGAAAGGAGAUGAUAAGAAAGUAAAUCUCGAAGUUGAUGAUGAGAUCUUAGUGGGGCAAUGUUUAUUGUUUUUCGCUGCUGGAUUUGAAACGUCAUCUACAACGUUGCAGUACACUUUGUAUGAGCUUGCUAAGAAUCCAGAGGCUCAGGAAAAGGUUAUAAACGAAAUAGACGAAUAUCUUCAACGUCGUAACAACAAACUUGUUUACGAGUGCAUUACAGAGUUGCCGUAUACUGAAGCCUGUUUUGAUGAAGCCCUUCGUUUGUACCCGGUCCUUGGUGUGCUGACCCGGGAAGUGGUUGAAGACUACACUAUGCCAUGUGGGGCGGUCAUAGGGAAAGGGAUUCGUGUACAUAUACCAGUGUAUCAUCUACAUCAUAAUCCAGAGUUCUUUCCAAAUCCAGAAGUGUUCAGACCUGAAAGAUUUUAUGGCGAAGAAAAACGGAACGUCAAACCUUUUACUUACAUGCCAUUUGGAGAAGGACCUCGCUUGUGUAUUGGUAAGUUUAAAUUACAAAAAGUAAUUACUUUUUAA